UGGGGUCCUGAGGGAGCCCCACCCUCUGCCUUUCGGGAGGGAGGGGAAAACCCGAGUCUUGAAGCCUCCCUCCCGCGCGCACGCGCCGUGGCCGUGGCCGUUGUCGUGGCCUACCCGGGCUGAAGCGCCGGAAGUGGGGGCAAGCUGACGUUUCGAAGUCGCCAUGGCGACCCCGGCCGGGUUGGAGCGCUGGGUGCAGGACGAGCUUCACUCGGUACUGGGCCUGAGCGAGCGGCACGUCGCACAGUUCCUCAUCGGCACCGCGCAACGCUGCGGCACAGCCGAUGAGUUUGUGGAGAGACUGCGAGACACUGGCACCUUGGAUCUCAGCGGACCGGCUCGAGACUUCGCGCUGAGGCUCUGGGGCAAGGUUCCAAGAAAGGCAGUUGUGGAAAGACCAGCCAGGGCAGCAGAACGUGAGGCUUUAGCUCUGCUAGAGAAGAACCGUUCAUACCAGCUUUUGGAGGAAAGUGAAGAGAGUGAUGGGGAAGCCCAGGGCCGAGGGCGGAGUGGGUUCCAAAAGAAGAACAAGAAACGGAAACAUCUUAGGAAGAAGACCCAGGAAGAGGAGGAGGAAGAACGAGAUUCAGAAGGGGACAAGAAGAAGGCAAGGAUGAAUGAGACUAACAAGGAACAGAAGCCAGAGUCAGAAGAUGAAUGGGAACGAAGUGAGAGGGAGCGGCUUCAGGACCUGGAGGAACGUGAUGCCUUUGCUGAACGAGUUCGAAAGCGGGACAAGGAGCGGACCCGAAACAUUUUGGAGCGGUCAGACAAGAAGGCCUAUGAGGAGGCCCAGAAGCGCCUGAAGAUGGCUGAAGAAGACCAGAAAGCAAUGGUACCUGAGCUUCGAAAGAAAUCAAGGAGGGAGUACCUUGCAAAGCGGGAGCGGGAGAAACUGGAGGAUCUAGAAGCAGAGCUGGCAGAUGAGGAAUUUCUUUUUGGAGAUGUGGAGCUGAGCCACACUGAGCGGCAGGAACUUAAGUAUAAGAAGAGAGUACGGGAUCUGGCCCGGGAGUACCGGGCAGCUGGGGAGCAGGAGAAGCUGGAGGCCACAACUCGAUACCAUAUGCCAGAAGAGACUCGUGGACAGCCAGCUCGUGGGGUAGAGCUGGUGGAAGAAGAGUCAGGAGCCCCUGGAGAGGAGCAAAGGCGCUGGGAGGAGGCCCGUUUAGGGGCAGCUGCCCUCCGGUUUGGAGCCAAGGAUGCUGCCCCCUCUGAGCCCAAGUAUCAACUGGUGUUGGAAGAGGAGGAGACUAUUGAAUUUGUCCGAGCCACACGGCUUCAGGGUGAUGAGGAACCAUCAGCUCCAUCCCCUUCCUCUGGGGACCAACAGAAGGAAUCAAUUAGGGCUGUGCGACAUAGCCUCCCUGUAUUUCCAUUCCGAAAUGACCUCCUUGAUGCCAUUGCUAACCAUCAGGUCCUCAUCAUUGAGGGUGAAACAGGGUCAGGGAAGACAACACAGAUCCCCCAGUACCUCUUUGAGGAGGGUUACACACAGAAGGGAAUGAAGAUUGCCUGUACCCAGCCUCGGAGAGUGGCAGCCAUGAGUGUGGCAGCGAGAGUAGCCCGGGAGAUGGGGGUCAAGCUGGGAAAUGAGGUUGGCUAUAGUAUCCGUUUUGAGGACUGUACUUCAGAACGGACUGUUCUCAGAUAUAUGACUGAUGGGAUGCUACUUCGAGAGUUCCUUUCUGAGCCUGACCUUGGAAGUUACAGUGUGGUGAUGGUGGAUGAAGCUCAUGAACGGACUCUACACACAGACAUACUGUUUGGGUUGAUAAAGGAUGUUGCUCGAUUCCGCCCAGAACUCAAGGUUCUGGUGGCUUCUGCCACCCUGGAUACUGCCCGUUUCUCAGCCUUCUUCGAUGAUGCCCCUGUUUUCCGGAUCCCUGGCCGCAGGUUUCCUGUUGACAUCUUCUAUACCAAGGCUCCGGAGGCAGAUUACUUAGAAGCCUGUGUGGUGUCUGUGCUGCAGAUCCAUGUCACUCAGCCCCCUGGGGAUAUCCUGGUAUUUCUGACUGGACAGGAAGAGAUUGAAGCAGCUUGUGAGAUGCUACAGGAUCGCUGCCGUCGUUUGGGCUCCAAGAUCCGGGAGCUACUGGUGCUGCCCAUUUAUGCAAAUCUGCCUUCUGACAUGCAAGCUCGAAUCUUCCAGCCAACACCCCCUGGGGCACGAAAGGUGGUGGUGGCAACAAACAUUGCAGAGACAUCAUUGACCAUUGAAGGCAUCAUUUAUGUCCUGGACCCUGGUUUCUGCAAACAAAAGAGCUACAACCCCAGAACUGGCAUGGAAUCCCUUACUGUCACACCCUGUAGCAAGGCCUCAGCUAAUCAGAGAGCUGGCCGUGCAGGUCGGGUAGCUGCAGGGAAGUGCUUCCGCCUCUAUACAGCCUGGGCCUAUCAGCAUGAGCUAGAGGAGACCACGGUGCCAGAAAUCCAGAGGACCAGCUUGGGCAACGUUGUCCUGUUACUAAAGAGUCUGGGAAUCCAUGAUUUAAUGCACUUUGACUUUCUGGAUCCUCCACCCUAUGAGACCCUGCUGCUGGCUCUAGAACAGUUGUAUGCUCUGGGAGCACUAAACCACCUAGGGGAGCUCACCACGCCGGGCCGAAAAAUGGCAGAAUUGCCUGUGGACCCUAUGUUAUCUAAGAUGAUUUUGGCAUCUGAGAAGUAUGGCUGCUCAGAGGAGAUUCUCACAGUGGCUGCCAUGCUAUCAGUCAAUAAUUCCAUCUUUUACCGUCCCAAGGACAAAGUUGUCCAUGCUGAUAAUGCCCGUGUUAACUUCUUCUUGCCUGGUGGGGACCACUUGGUGCUGCUAAAUGUUUAUACACAGUGGGUUGAGAGCGGCUAUUCUUCCCAGUGGUGCUAUGAAAACUUUGUGCAACUGCGCUCCUUGCGCCGAGCACGAGACGUGCGAGAACAGCUAGAGGGGCUCCUGGAACGGGUAGAAGUUGGGCUCAGCUCCUGUCAGGGGGACUAUACUCGAGUUCGUAAGGCCAUCACUGCUGGCUAUUUCUACCACACAGCACGGCUGACCCGAAGUGGAUACCGAACUGUGAAACAACAACAGACUGUCUUCAUUCACCCUAAUUCCUCUCUUUUUGAGGAGCAGCCACGUUGGCUACUCUACCAUGAACUUGUCUUGACAACCAAGGAGUUUAUGAGACAGGUACUAGAAAUUGAGAGUGGUUGGCUCCUUGAGGUAGCUCCCCACUACUACAAAGCCCGAGAGCUAGAAGAUCCUAAUGCCAAGAAAAUGCCCAAGAAAGUUGGCAAGACUCGGGAAGAACUGGGUUAAGGGAAUUAUUUCUCCUUUCUUUAGCUUUUCUCAUUUCCUUUGUACAGGUUUUUUUUUUUUUUAAUGAUUCCUAUUUAU